GAGGCACUGCAGGCUCUAGGCUGAGUCACACCGAAGGGUAUAAAACCGAGGCCAGGCCACUGCAGCACGCAGAGCUGAGGCACGACGCGCCAGGGCUUCGGGACAGACUUUGCAAGUUAAUUGCAAGCUACUUAGGAGAAGAAUGUUUUCAAGAUUGCUCAUCCUUUCUCUGCUGGUGGUAGCAUCAGCAUCAGGCCAGGUGAGCAGAGCCGAGCCUGCAGCAUCCAGAGAUGUCACCACCUUUUUCCAGCUGGCUCAGGAAGACCCUUGGGAGAACGUUAAUCUCACCAGCAUGUCUUGUGAGGAUCGGAAGAACAGAACCUGGAUCACCCUGCAGCUGACCAACAGCAGCCUGACAGCUUUCCCCAUCUGCCUUCCAGAUGCCCUGGAGACUUUGGAUCUCAGCAAUAACCUCUUAGAAGAGGUGAAUGGCACAGAUAUAGCAAACCUCCCACGGCUGCGCAUCCUCUCACUGAAGCAGAACCAUCUUUGGUCGGUCAGAUGGGGAUCUGAAGCCCACAGCAGUCUCCUCUCCCUGGACUUAAGCUUUAAUAAGCUGUCAUCUGUGCCAUCAUACCACAGCUCUGCCCUCCCUAACUUGAAGUGGUUGUCCCUGGCUGGAAAUCCACUACUUGAAAUCCAGCCACUUGCUUUUUCAUGUUACCCUCAGCUACAGUUCUUGAACCUCUCUGCAACACUGCUUGGCCAGGAUGACAGCAGAGGAAUUAGUGAGUCUGCUUUUGCCAUCAGCACAUCUCCCACUGAGGCCAUAAAUGGGUCUGGAAGCACCAUCAACACACUUGAUCUGAGCGGGACCUUUCUUGAGAAAAUUCAACCAGAGUGGACCAGAGACUUGAGCAACCUCAAAUCACUUCACCUUACAAAGAUGUCACGAUUAAGAAGCCUUGAUACCGAUUUCUUGAAGUCCAUGCCUGGUCUUGAAGAGCUGAACUGUCAAGACUCCCCCUCACUGAGUUUUGUGAGGACAGAGAUGUUUGACAGCGUUCCUCAUCUGAACUACCUCUUGUUUCAGAACUGUAAUCUGAGUUCCUUUAAUCCCUGGAACGCCAGUUCACCAGACAGCAUCAUCCUCAAUUUGUACGGAAAUCCCCUGUCAUGCGACUGCCAGCUCUCCUGGCUGCUCUCCAAACCCAAGAAACUUGUGCUGCAAAAGGCUUCAGAGACGUUUUGCAACGCAAGCCAGGAAGGCUGGGGCAGACCUGCAACAUCUUUCUCACUGAUAGAGCUGUACGAUAAAUGCCAGUCUGAGAGAAACACUACGCUGCCUGAUUCAAGCACAUUUGCUGCCGUACUUGAUGCUUUCAGCCUUAACAGUUACAAUGCCACCGCUGUAGUAACAACAAAAGACUCUGCUCUGCUAACUAAAGACACUUACACCAGCUCCCUAAUUCAGAGGAACACAAUGAGCACGCCAGCAGCCAGCCCAGCUGAGCUGAUGCUCAUAAAGGCCAACAGUCCUUCCCACGAGAUGGUGGCAGUUUCUGAACCCACAAGCAGUCCACCUUCCUUUGCAUCCAUAACCAUCUCCCCUGGUUUUGUCCAAGAGCUUUAUAGUCAGUCUUCAGCUUAUGGUUUCACAAGUCAAACUGCAACAGAUGAGCACAAGAGAGAACUCAGAACAACCAGUGCGACCACUCCCCAGGAAAGCCUAUUUAACCGGCCCACUAGUGAAUAUUCCAGCAGAGCAACAGAAAAUCCCACUGCCACUGAUCAUUAUGUUCACUCCUUUGCCACUCAUGCUGGGGAAGGUACACCACAAACAAGCUUCCCACAGAUGAACGCCACAAGGACCAAUGCUCAGCCAAAGCCUGCACCCACCAGAUCACUGAUACACUAUAUAGAUGACUAUGAUUAUGAUGCACAGUCAACAGAAACCCCAGUGCAACAGGCAUACAUCUCCUGUGACUACAAUCCUUGCAGGCACCUUCAGAAGCCAUGCAGGGAACUUCAGAAGGCAUCCCAGUGUUUAUGUCCUGGCAUGUCAAGGGAAGAUGAGGUUCCAGAUCCACCGAGACUCAGAGAGGUGUCUGAAAUUACAGACAGCUCUGCACAGAUACGCUGGUGUGCCCCGAAUUCAGUUGUUCACACCUAUGCGCUGAUGCUUCAUGCCCAAGGCGAAGAGGACAGACAGUUUGUCUUGGACAAUAUUUAUUCCACAGCAAGGCAGUACACUCUGUACAGUCUGUUACCAUACACCACUUACCACAUUUGUGUGACUGCUUCAAACAAAGCAGGAUCAAGUCAGACAGUAAAGCAGGAAAUUCUGGGUAACUCAUGCACCAGAUUUAAAACAAAACCCAGCUACAAGAUUGUCUUUGCUGCUCUGUCUGCAGCAAGUGGACUCCUUCUCAUUUCCACAAUUAUUUUGUCCGUCUGUUUGUGUAAAAAAUGUAAAAAGCCCCAGAGUGAGCAAUAUGGCACACACUUAGUCUCUUAUAAGAACCCAGCAUUUGAUUAUCCAUUAAAACUACAAACAACUAAUUAGCUCUAGGUGAUAACUGUAUACAUUCAAAGGUCUCUAUCACCUUGGUACAAUUUUGUGAGACUCUCAAAAUGUCUUCCAGCAAAGCUAUGAAGUAUCAGGCUUCAUAGUCCUUACAUUCCUAAGAGAGAGAAAAGCACAAGAAAAACUAAUAAUGAAGGUAGUGAAGCAGAACAAAAAGCCUUUGGAUUCUUGUUUAUGUGCUAAGAAACAGCAAACCUGGACACUAACCUUGGAAAAGUGUUUUUAUGACUACCUAACACGUAUUUUACACAGUAAGAGGCUGCCCUGAGAGCCACCUACCUCCAGUAUCAUGGAUACACCCCACUGAGAGCUAAGAUGCAUCUAGCUAAACAAGACAGACUCUGCUUUAUUCACAUCAGUGAAGUCAAGUUUCCAGUUUCUUCUAGUGUCCAUCUAGAGGUAUUAUCCAAAAAGAGAUUGUUACUGGUAGGAAUGAGAGAAAGGUCUGCUUGGGCUCCAUGGCAAAGUGCUGUGUAGAUCUAACUCUGGUGAGUGCAACUGCUCAGGCCAUCAUACUCAGGAAAAAGAAACAUGAAGACGAAUUGUAAAAAAGGAGAGCAAACUCCUGCAGGAUCCUUGGGGCAGGAGUAAUUGAUUUGUUCUGGUUUUGUACGAUGUCUUCCACAACUGAGGCUCCCAAGUGCCAUCAAAAUACCAACUGCAGGCAGUGAGGAGUGUGCAGUAUAGCAAUAUCCCACAGAAGGAAGGAGGACGUCAGCAUUUGCUCCACAGUUAGUUUUAAGCAGAUAUGAUUGCUGAUAAUUUACCUCAUACAGAGGCAAAGAUCCAAGUAAUGAAGCAAUUUGAUGCCUGUGUUUCUGAGACUUGAAAAAUAAAUCCCAUCCACCAGCAGCACAAUGUACUUUUGGGUGCUAAUUUUUGCUACAAAAAUACUAAGGUCUGCUGAGAAUCCCAGUUCUUCAGCAGCUUUGGCCAUGCCAUUACAAUUCAAAUAGAAGUUUGUGUUUGUCCUGAUCAAAUACUUCAUAUUCAGAGAACUAAAGGUUUAUAUUCCAGUAGCUGUGUGUUUUUGCUGCUGUACCCUGCUGUACAGAUACAAGAUGUAAAAUCCCCCCAGAUCUUAGAAUGUUUAAAGGUACUACUCAGUGUAAGUCUGUGUUCCAUUCAGUUUUUGGUUUUUUUUUAUGCUUCCAGUACUAAUGGAAAUAAAAGCUACAAAGUGAGGUUCUAGUUCUUUGUUAAAGUUCUAGAUAGUUGUGUUGUCUUUACCAUUUACAACAUUUAGCCUGAGAAAUUAACUCAAACAUUAUGUUAUGUUGUUUUGGAACAGACUUUCAUCAUAUAGUAAUGUUUUGAUUAUAGUAAAUUUGUGUUACCUGGUGUCAUAAGAA